UUGGGCUGGGCUUUGAACUUGGUUCCCGGCUUCGUUCUUAGCUCUGCCUUGCAGCAAGGACAAGGAUCCUCCACCCCGAGGUACCGGACCCUGCGCGCUUUUCGCUUUUCCCCGGAGCAUGAGACUGCCUAGAAGAGUAGGGGACGCGGCUGAGCUGCGCAAGAGCCUGAAACCGCUGCUGGAGAAGCGCCGGCGCGCACGGAUCAACGAGAGCCUGAGCCAGCUAAAGGGGCUGGUAUUGCUUUUGCUGGGCGCGGAGACUUCCCGCUACUCGAAGCUGGAAAAAGCGGACAUCCUGGAAAUGACCGUGCGCUUCCUGCAGGAGCAGCCUGCGUCCCCCUACCCCACUGCAGCGCCGGGGUCCUUGGAUAGCUACCACGAGGGUUACCAAGCCUGUCUGGAGCACCUGGCCCGCCUGCUGCCGGCCUGCAGCGUCUUGGAGCCGGCCGUGAGCGCGCGCCUGCUGGAACACCUGAGGCAGAGGACUGUCAGUGGUGGCUCGCUUUCACAGACGCCCACGCCCGCCCCUGCUCCAGCUCCCUCUCCGCAGGUGCCUCCUCCGGGCAGCCCUGGCCUCUGGCGGCCCUGGUAGGUAGGCUCCUGGAUGUUCCAGGACGGGGACCUGUAUGGGCUAGCUGACCAAGGAAGUUCCAGAUGGUGGCUACAUCUCCCUCACUUGAGAACAGUGAGUGCCCACAACCCUAGCAAGAAUCUGAUGCUCAUGACCUAUCCGGAUGAAGACUUCAAGGGCUCAGCUGGAGGGAAAAGAGAAUGUCUGGGCAGGAGAAUAAAGCAAUGUCUGCCGGGUGAGGAAGAAACCCAGACUUGGACGGGUAGAAAUGGUUCUGGCACUGGGCCAGCCAAAGCUGCCUCAGCAGGGACAGACCUGCCCCAGUGUGGGCAGCAGACCAACCUCUGGUCUUGGAGCUCACUUGGGCCACCUGCUCUGAUGGGUGACGGCAUUCCCGGCCACGCCUGGAUAUCAGCUGGGCUUGUGAACCUCUCUAUAACCAGAGCAAUGACGUGGGAGGCCUUUGACCUUUGCCCACUCCGGAAGCUCUUCAGAACACUGAGCAGGGCUUGGCGAAACACCUCCUCCACUCCUAGGCUUCCCCUCCUAGUGACCUCUACUGCAGGUAGUGAUGGGGAGGACUUCCUAAUUUGCUCCUCCACGAAUUCUCUUUCCCAUACACCAGGCCCAGUGGUCUUCACAGGUGACAAAGGAUGAGACAAGUCUGAGGCUUCCCCGUGGCCUUAAGGAACUUGGUGGCUUCGGAGGAAUGGAACCCAGCACAGGUUGCAGAACUCAAACUUUGGGAUGGCAGGGACCCAGGAGGUAGCGGCAGGUGAAGGAACAUGAACCACCAUGCCUGCUUUCUUCAUUAAACCACUCCCUGAACCCAAGCAGUUGGGCUACUAUAUAUAAGCAACUUGUUCAGAAGUUAUUUCUCCCAAAAUGGAAACUCAGAAGCCUCUGAAGACCCAGAGAAGGGGCCUUCGGAUCCCAGGAGUGAGUGCUCGGAGAAAGCAGGAGAAUUCAUGAACCAUGGUCACUCCAGGUCAUGAGCGUUGCAGCAAGGUUGCUUUUCCCUCUGCCUGUGCUGGGGACCAGGACACUAAAGCCAAGGAGACAAACGGACCAGGGAAGGGGCAGUCACCGCUCCUCUCUGCCAUGUACAUGAUGACCCUGGGCACUGAUUUGGGUGGCAGGAAGGAGGUGGGGAAGUUGGAGGCAUUCUUAAAAAAGAAAGAAAGAAAAAUCCACAUGAAGACGGCAGGGGCUCCCAGAGAAGCUGUGCUGGGCCCUGUGGCCUAGACUGUGAUUCUGGGAGGCAGGGCAGGCAGAGCGCACCUGUGCAUCUCUGGGGCACGACACACAAUGUUGCUCAACAAACACAAUGGGUUAGAGGGUUCGAUGUGACUGGCUUACAUGGUGAUGAACCUUGGACAACCUGACUUUUGCUUUAACCGCCACUCCAAGUUCCUUGCUCAGGGGUCCUCAACCCUCCUCAUGCUGCGACCCCUUAAUACAGUUCUUUAUUUUAUGGUGACCCCCCCCAACCACAAAAAUAUUCUCGUUGCUACUUCAUAACUGUAACUUUGCUACUGCUUAUGAACUAUAAUGUGAAUAUCUGUGUUUUCUGACAGUCUUAGGCGACCCCUACGAAAGGGUCAUUAGAACCCCAAAGGGACUGAGACCCACAGGUUGAGAACUGUUGUCCUAACAUCCCCUGUUGACUGAGGCUGCUUGUUCACUUCCCGGCCACCCAGACCCGAAAUAAUCAUAUGAAAACUACAUGAAUUACAAUCCUGUUUGGCUAAUGACUCUAGCAUGUUUCGAGCUGGCUCUUACAUCUUGAAUUAACCCAUUUCUACUAAUCUAUGUAUCACCACUAGGCUGUGACUUACUGGUGCCGGCAUGUUACAACUGUGGCAGCUGCACGGCGUCUCUUUGACUCCGUUUACUCUCUCUCUACAUCUCUGUUCAGAUUUUCCACCUGGCUUUACUCUGUUAAAGGAUUGGCCGAAAGCAGCUUCUUGAUUAACCAAUGGCAAUGAAGCAUAUUCACAGUAUACAGAGGGGCAUCCCACAUCAGUUGGUCACCGAGCUAGCUGUCCCACCAAGGCACAAGUGCAGCCUAUUUCCUGGGUCUUGGUGGAACAGGAGAAGCAGAGGACCCUGCCUGUGGCCCAGCUGUGGCCCGGCUGUGGCCGGAGCUCAUCCAAUAGACUCUGGGCUUCUCCUUGAAUCUAACGGGACAACCUUCUGUCGCCAUACAUAAGAACUCUCCACACUGGUGUAUGCUCCAUCUCUCCCCGUGGAGUGAGACUCUGUCUCGAAAAUCUAAAUCCCUAAAAACCUCAAAACGAGCCGCCAAGGUGGUACAUGCCUAUAGUCCAAUGUUGGGAGGGGAUACAAGUAUUGAGUUCAGGGUUAGCCAGGACUACCAUUGCAUGGCCCACCUCAAAAACAAAGCAAAAGGCUUUCGGCACUGAUAUUUUAGUUUACUGAGAUUCAC